AUGGCGGGAGUAAUAGGUGCUCUUGUUGAAACAGCUAUUUCCAAUCUGGUGGGCGCUGUCACUAAUUUGUUGAAAGAGAAGACAGACGUUAUCUUGAAUGCCAACGAUGAUCUAAAGAAGCUACGGAGGGAGCUGAAAAUCUUCCAAAAGGCCAUCAAAGAUGCAGAUCGCAAGCCCUUUUUAAGCAACGAGCGUGAAAAGGAUUGGGACAUGGAUCUGGUCAGACUAAAACCCAAGGAGAGUAGCCAGGGCCCUAGUGAAGAUGACAACCCUCAAGAGACAACCCACCACAUAGGAGAAGGGGGGAUCGGCAAGACUACUCUUGCAAAAAUGGUCUUUAGUGAAGUCGAACAACAGUUUAGGGAACGAAGUUGGUGGGUUUGUGUUUCUAAGAGGCCAAACCGUAAGGAUUUAUUACGGAAAAUACUGAAGGAAGUGUGCAAGGGAUCUAGAUUGUUGGCAGUGCAAAUAUGGAAUAAAAGAUUUUUGUUGAUCUUAGAUGAUGUAUGA